GUUCGGUCGAUCUAUGUAUCGGCACAGUUUCGUGCCGGCAUUUGCGCAAUAGGCCGCAACUCCGCGCGUUCUAUGACUAACUAUAAGAAUGGUGUUCGCUAAAGUACUAAUUACUUUAUCCAUAAUAACAGUAUUGUCAAGAAAUGUAAAUGGAGUCGAUAAAUAUACUGAUGAGAACCGACCCUACGAGUUUGGCUUCACCAUAGAUGGUGAACAGCAUCGGCAUGAGAAGAAAGAUGAAAACGGGAUAAUAAUGGGUGAAUUUGGAUUCAUCACGGCCGAUGGAGUAUACCACGUGACAGUCUAUGCAACCGACGAAAAUGGCGCUUUCAAAAUAUUGUCUAUGAAAAAUAUACGCGUUAAGCCAUAUCCUGGAACUACUUCUCAAAAUUCACGGACUGGUCAUUCGUUGGCUCUAACAAGCACUUCAAAAACUCCAUCAAGCCCAAUUGAAACAAAUGCAGCGCCUUACAAAAAUACGCCGCUAUUACGGACGUCGCUUACUUCAUCAAUUGAAAGCAAUAACCAUCCAAACAUCGAAAACAGUCCAAAGCCGUCAUUGCAAAUAGUAAAACAACCAGCUGCACCUGUACAGGCCUGCUCUCAUUGUAGUUUACCCACAACUACUACAGUUGCACUAAGAAUUGAUCCACCAACUAUUAAUCAACAAAAUCCAUAUAACUCUCAAGCUAAUCAAGAAGGUAAAAUAGACAAUAGUUUAGUUGAAAAGAAAUAUAAUCAGUUUACGAAUAAAGCCACGCAAAACUACGAACCGCAAUCAGCUCAUGAACCGCAGACAAACGUCCUAAAUAGUUACCAAGGAAGCUCUCAAGCAACACCUGAAGUUUCCAAUCAAGGUCUAAAUAGAAGAGCAGAAUUACCACAGCGAGCAUUAACUACCCCAAACAACCCAGGUCAACAAAACUACAAUCAAGGAACAUCCUACGAAAAUGCACAAGGUGAUAACAGGUCGCAAAAUAUUGGACCAAAUAACAAUUAUGAUAAUACAGACCAAGUACCAAAUAAUCCAUCCAUUAAUCUCCUUCGAUCUGGAUUUAAUACUCAAAAUCCGGAAAUAAGUGUCCCAAAUAGUGAAAUUGAACUUCCUCUUGGUAAUUCAUAUCAAGGAAUACCCCAGAACUACGCACAAAGUCAAAGUGUCUCAAACUCACCAAGUCAAUCAAUUACAAGUGAGCGUAACCCGAAGAGUUACGAACCAAAUAUAGGAGUUCCCCAAAGCAAUGUAGGAGGUGUAAACCUUAAUGAAUACGACACAACAAACUUGGAACCUCCAAAAUCACCAAAACUACUAUCAGCUCAAAUGCAAAUAGUUGAUAAAAACACGGAUAUUUAUCACAAAAAUCCUGGUGAGAAAGAUGGACUCCCAGAAGGUGUUACAAAAGAUUAUAUGAUGGGUGUGUUAUACGUUUUUAACUACACGAUUGGUUUCCAUGGGCACUAUGAAAAGGGAUUUGCUGAUGGUUCAAAGGAAGGAUACUACUACGUGACGGGUAGAAACGGAGUCAGAACACGCGUAGAUUAUGAAGCUGAUGAAAAAGGUUUCCGUCCUAAGAUUACUGAAGAGGUGCUUGAUUUGAUUUCUGAUGAAGUGCCAAAACCUGAGACGGAGAAAGAACCACGGUACGGGCUUAAAAGCUAUGAAUUCAAAUGGCUUUAUUUCCCAGUCGGCUCAUAACACUGAUAAAAUCGUCCGAGGACUGACCUUGUUAAACUAUGUUCUUUAGUUUGUAAAAAUAAAUGAAAUCACUGCCAAAUUAAAUUAAAAUAACUAAUAUACUCCCAUAUGAAUAAGAUAUUAAUGUCAAUAAUAUAAGAGUUUUUUUUAAAUUUGACACGGCUUGACUAUACUGGAUAUGAAUGGAUAAUACAACAAUAAUCUAUUUCAAUCAAAAGCUGGCCGUAAAUAGGUUUUUUUUUUAAUUUUAGCGGACCGUUUUAAUUUUAUUUUCUUGUAAAGAAUCGUUCUCCUCAUUAUAUGAGAGUUCAAAAUUGUACGCCUAUUUUUUAUACAACGCAAUUAGUACUAACUGCUUCCAGCUGUUUAUAAAUGAUAGGCUUAAAUUUAAUUAAAUUAACGAAUGGAAGAUAUAAUACAGUAUAUUAUGAGUUGAUAAAAACAAUUAUCAAAUAAAACCAUUUUUAUACGAU